GGCAGGACGCAACUCCGCCCCGCAGCCUGUGCAGGAUUCCUCGUGGCCCUGCAGGGUAGGCAACAUGACACUGGAAGCGAUCCGCUACUCGCCCGGCUCGCUGCAGAUCCUCGACCAGCUGCAGCUGCCAGAGCACUGCCACUAUGAGGCACUGAGCUCCGUGCAGCAGGCUAGUGAAGCCAUCCGCGCCAUGAAGGUGCGCGGAGCCCCGGCCAUCGCGCUGGUCGGCUGCCUCAGCCUGGCCGUGGAGCUGCGGGCCGGCGCCGGCGGUCCCGGACUCGCUGCUCUGGUGGCCUUCGUGCGAGACCAGCUGCGCCUCUUAGUCGCCGCCCGGCCCACCGCUGUCAACAUGGCCCGCGCCGCCCGCGAUCUGGGUCAAGUGGCAGCCCAGGAGGCGGAACGAGAGGGUGCCACUGAAGAGACCGUGCGGGAAAGAGUGAUCCGCUUCGCCGAGGAUAUGUUGGAGAAGGACCUCAAAGACAACCGGAGCAUCGGGGACUUGGGAGCCCGCCAUCUCCUAGAGCAGACCAACCCCAGGGGUGGCAAGGUGACCGUGCUGACCCACUGUAACACGGGUGCUCUGGCCACUGCUGGCUAUGGUACAGCGUUAGGUGUGAUCCGCUCACUGCAUGAGAUGGGCCGAUUGGAGCAUACCUUCUGCACAGAGACCCGGCCCUACAACCAGGGAGCCCGGCUGACGGCCUUCGAGCUGGUGUACGAGCAGAUCCCUGCAACUCUCAUCACUGACAGCAUGGCGGCGGCUGCCAUGGCACACCGGGGUGUGUCAGCCGUGGUGGUGGGAGCUGACCGUGUUGUUGCCAAUGGAGACACAGCCAACAAAAUAGGCACCUAUCAGCUGGCCAUUGUCGCCAAACACCACGGUGUCCCCUUCUAUGUGGCUGCCCCCAGUUCAUCCUGUGACCUCCAUCUGGAGACUGGAAAGGAGAUUGUCAUAGAGGAACGCCCCAGCCAGGAGCUAACUGACCUGAAUGGAGUCAGGAUUGCUGCACAGGGAAUCCGGGUUUGGAAUCCUGCCUUUGAUGUCACCCCCCACGAACUCAUCACAGGUGGCAUCAUCACUGAACUGGGUGUCUUUGCCCCUGAGGAGCUCCGAGGAGCCCUAAGUGCCUCCGUCUUCUCAGAGGGACAGACCCUAGAUAGUCCCUGGGUGUGACUGGCUGGCCCUCCGUGCCCUGCCCUGACUUCCUCUGGUUUUAUAAUAAAGUUCUCAAAUGGCUACCCAAAGUUCAUCUUCACCCACACUCCCUCUUCCAGCUGCAGGAACAGAUAUGGUUUGCCAGGUUCUGCAGAGUUUCAGCAUCCACAGCAAAGCUGCCUAAGGUCGCGUCCCAGGCUCAUCCUUGGAAUGAUCUAUGCAUGGGAUGAAAGACAGAUGUGGCGGUCACACACCUGUAAUCUCAGCACCUGGGAGGCUCAGGCAGGAAGAUUUGGAGUUUAGGCUACCCUGGGCUACAGAUUCAAACAGACAAACAAAAGUAGAGAUAAUCAGGAUGUUCUCUUAGUUACAUUUGAAUUUUUUUGUUGUUGUUGAUUCUAUUUUGUUUUGUUUUGUUUUUUCUAGACAGGAUUUUUCUGUGUCUCCUUGGCUAUCCUGGAACAAUCUGUAGAUCAGGCUGGCUUCAAACUCAGAGAUCCUCCUGCCUCUGUCUCCCAAGUGCUGGGAUUAAAUGCAUGCACCACUACUGGCUAUUUACUUUUAUUUAUGUGUGAGUGUUUUACAUGCAAACCCCUGGUGCUCUCCCAGACCAGAAAAGGGUACCAGAUCUCCUGGAACUGGAAUUACAAGUGGUUGUGAGCUGCCAUAUGGGAGCUGGGACCCAGGAACUAAACCUCUGUGCUAGAACAAGUCCUAUAAAAGAAGACACCAAAGUUCAGUAAUCAAGAUAAAUAUUUGUGUUUUAAGGCAGUCUCUUUGUAGCUCUGGCUGCCCUUGGACUUGCUCUAUGGACCAGGCUACCCUAGAACUCACAAAGAUCCACCUACCUCUGCCUCUUGAGCAAAAGGUCAAAAGUGUGAGCCCCUACAACCUGCUUUGCUUUAUUCUUGAGAGUCUGUGAACCUGGAAUUCAGCUAUCAGGCUAGACUCCAGGGGUCCUCCCGCUUCAGCCAACUUAGCACUGGGAUAGCA